AUACAUUUGCAGAAGAGUUGGAGUUAUCUUGUUACUUUUGAGCAGCAGUAUAUUCUGUUUAGAGUUUACCUGGUUCAUUGGAGACUAUGGAGUUUGGAUUGAUCUUUUUCUUAUAUUUCUGGGCAGCUGUGGCCAAUGGUAAUCAUGCAGUGCUGAAACUGGAGGCAGAUCAGCCAUUUCAGCGUGUUCCUUUCGCCCAUGAUGCCACAAUUCACUGCUGCUACCGUUGUAAGGAGAACCCACAAGUCAGGUGGCUCAUAAACACUUACACAAUCAAUGGGACCAUAUUGACCAGAUUUGUAAAUCUGACAGAAGAGGUGGUGGAUAAGGAAAUGCUUGAAGAAAAUGGAAUCAAAUGCCAUUCAUUGGUACUGAAGAGCACCCAUCUCCAUGACACAGGCCUGUACCAGUGUUACCUAAAUCACAGCUCUGCUCGCAUCAGCAUCUUUACUCAUGGCACCUUCCUCCAAGUCUACAAACCCAUACUCAAGACCCUGAACCUCAGUGAAAGUGCCAAGAACAGCAUCAUUACAGCAGAGGGGGUAUUGCUGCUGUUGUGCGUACUGAUUCCUGGCACCAUGCUCCUCUGUAAGUCAAAGAGGCUGAAUAAACUGGAGGGAAAGGGAAGAAGGGAGGAGGAGAAUAUCUAUGAGGGUCUAAACCUGGAUGACUGCAACUCAACGUACCAUCAAAUUCAACGCUCCCAAAUGCAAGGCCCUUAUCAGGAUGUGGCCAGCUGUGGAGAUGACAUUCAUCUGGAGAAGCCUUAGCUGUAUGCGAAGAGACAGGGAAAGGGACAUCAACGUUUUGUGAUAUCAACGUUUUGUGUUCAAGUGUUCUGUUUCUAAAGGAAUUUUCAAUAUGUGUCAAGAUUAAAAUAAAUAAAUUUAAACUGAAUUAAAACUUACGUGUACAAACAGCAUACAGGCUUGCAAUAGACUUUUAUGUAAUUUGUUUUGUUCUUCAAACAUAUGCUAUAGGAGCGUCACUUGUCCACAUAUGGUCAGAAAUGGGCGGUACUCCCAAAUAGGACAAAUGCGAUAGGCUUAAUGACUAUUGUCUGGCGUAUUAUUGGCUAUAGAUUUGUAUGUGGGCGUGGUCAUGUGCAAGGUAUGUCCAGAUAGAUCAGGGG